AACUGAUGUUCAUGAUCCGAAGUAAAAAAAAGUUAAUCGUAUGAUUAAUUAGAUUUCAUUUACUAAAUAUUUACAUAUAAAUACUUAUUUCAAUAAUCUUUAUGAAUAUUGGACAGGAAGUAAUGAAUCGGAAGACUCAUUCAAUGUUUUAACUAUUGAACCUUCAAAAUCAACAUUCAACAAUGGUGAUAAACGCAAGUUUAAUAAAUGAUAAGAUGAAUAUUUCUGAUGUUAUUAUUCAAUAAUUAAAUUUAAGAUAGAUUACUAAAUUCUAUAGAACAAUUACUAAUAAUUUUAAAAUAAACAAACUGACUCUGGAGUUCAACUUUCAAAAGGAACUACAAGUGCAGCAGCAACAGAAAAGGAUAAAGGCAUGUUUACCUAAUUUAUAUUAAAUACAUAAUUAUGAACAUAUUUAAUAUAUUUCAAUAUUGAGCGUUUUGAAUAUUUGACAGGAACAUCUUAUAUAAAUCAAGAUGAUGUGUACAUUCCAUAUGUUGCUGUAGAUAUCAUUCCUAAAAAAGGACAAAUUGUGUCAAGUUUAAAUGAAGGAAUUGAAAUGUACAAAAAUUAUGCAAAAGCAGUUGAUUUUGGAAUUAGAUUAGGAACAACAACCAAAUACGGGGAUAUAUAUGGAAAUCCAAAAAAAAAAAAAAACCAUUGAUACUCUUACAUCCAAACGACUGAAAAAACAGGAAAGAAAAUCAUAUUCUAAGGUCACAGGAUGUAUGGCAAUGAUUGGUUUUGACAGAAAUGCUACAACAAAUAUAAUCACUGUAUAUGCAUUUGAAGACACACAUAACCAUCCACUUACUAAAUUUAAUGAAGAAAACAUCUGCUCUCCAAAUCAUCGUCUUAGUAUUUUUGAUCAAAAACUAAUUGUUAAAGCUUCAACUAUCAACAUUGGUGCCACAAAAGCACACAAGUUAAGAGCAUCAUUAAAGGGAGGAUAUGAUAAUUUGCCAGCAACAAAUAAUGAUUUCAAAAACUUUUGGAGAGAUUAUACAAAUAUUGUUGGACCAAAUGAUGCUCAAUGUGUUGUAGACCAGUUGAUAAUUCGCAGAAAUAAUUAUCAAAAUUUCAAUUUUCAAUAUAAGUUGGAUGAUGAUGUGUUAAAUGCUAUGUUUUGGGUUGAUGAAACAGGAAGAGAAAACUACAAUAAGUUUUCUGAUGUUAUAUCAAUGGAUGCUACUUAUAGAACAAACGGGUACAAUAUGAUAUUUGUUCCUUUCUCUGAAAUAAACAAUCAUGACAAGACAAUCAACGUUGGAGCAGGACUAAUAUCAGAUGAAACAAUUGAAUCAUACUCUUGGUUAUUAGAAGCUUUUUUGUCAUCACAUAAGAAGAAACCAACAAUGAUUCUAUCAGAUACGGAUGCAACAUUAUCUUGUUCAAUAGCAAAGGUGUUUGAAGGAUGUACUCACAGAUUAUGUAUGUGGCACAUAAUGUCAAAAAUGCCAUCAAAGAUUGAAGCUGACUUAGUUUCAAAUACAGAUUUCAAGAAACGCAUAAAUCAACUAGUUUGGAAUAUGAAUAUUAAACCAUCAGAAUUUGAGAACAAAUGGGAUUUGAUGUUGAAUGAGUUUCAUUUGAAGGAAAAUAAAUGGCUGGCUGAUAUGUUCAACAAGAGAGAUAAAUGGAUUCCAUCCUAUUUCAGAGAUAUACCAAUGUGUGGACUUAUGAAGACUACAUCUCGAUCUGAAAGUUCUAAUUCCUUUUUCAAUGUUUUCUCAAGUCCAACCAACUUACUUGUUAAUUUUAUGUUCAACUUUGACACUGCACUUUCAAAGCAGCGUCAUGAACAAAAAAGAUUAGACAUUGCAUCAAGAGAUACUUCUCCACAACUGCUAUUUCCAAAUGAAAAUUUGAAAAUAGAAAAGCAUGCAUCAUUGGUAUACACUCGAGAAGCAUUCAUAAAAGUGCAAAAACAAAUAAAAAAGGCAUUCUAUCAGUGUUUUCAAAAAAAUUCGGUUUUGAUUGAUGGUCGUCAACAAUGCAUAAUUGUCUACAAAGAACUAAAAUCAGGCAAGCGACCAGAAUUUAAGGUUUCUUUUAAUGCAAAAGAUGAAACAAUUGAAUGUGAAUGUUUGCAUUUCACAUUUUUUGGAAUCCUUUGUAGUCAUGCUUUCAGAAUUCUUAUAGAUUAUGACAUUGCCAUGAUACCUGAAAAAUACAUUCUGGAUAGAUGGAGAAAGAACAUAGUGGAUAUUGGUUUUCAAAAGAUAAACAAAAAAUGGAGAGUGUGCAGUACAGAAAUUUCAAAUCUCUUGCAGGAUGCAACUUCUUUUUUUGAGAAAUGCGUUGAAUCGGUUAUUCAUGACAAAGAAAAACUACAAGAAUUGGUGAACUCUCUUCAACAAUUAAGUGAAAAAUGUGGAAAGGAUGUUUCUACAAGAUCAAGUUCAAUUCCAAUAAAAGAUGUGAUUGAAAAUAUCAUCGGAGUUCCAAUUUCAAGUGAUGUGAAAAUCAAAGUACCAAGUGAGAUAAAAACAAAAGGAAGUGGAAAGAGGAGUCGAAUCAAAAGUGCUGCAGAAAAAGCAAUAGCAAAAGCACUUAAACCAAAACGCAAAUGCAAAGGAUGCAACCAAUUGUCAACCAUGAUAUAA